AUGGGAGCAGUAAAUGAAGGAAUAAUCCGAAACAGAAAGAAGUCAUCAUCCAGAGGACACCAUAGGUUUGUAGGGGUUCGUCAAAGGCCAUCAGGGAGAUGGGUGGCUGAGAUCAAAGACUCUCUACAAAAGGUUAGGCUUUGGCUCGGUACAUUUGACACUGCUGAAGAUGCAGCUCGUGCAUAUGACACUGCUGCUCGAGCUUUGCGUGGUGCUAAUGCUAGGACCAACUUUGAAUUGCCAGAGUCUGCAAUCUCUGGUGCUACAACUAAGCGCGGUGGUGGUGGUGGUUACAAUUUCAUUCCUGAUAACACUGAACCCUUUUCUUUUGAGGAUGUGAAUGAGCCUGGGACAGAUUCUGAUGGCCUUCUUGGUGCACUCAAGGCUAAACUGAAGGAAGGAAGGUUUCCAAUUCCAUCUCGUGCUAAUUGUGUGGUUCAAUCUGGUAUGUUUUCUAGAUCAACUCAAAAUUGUUAUGGGAAGAAAGAGUUAUCAUCAGGAGCUACUGUUUUCUCUCCCAUGAAUGUUACAGCCAACAACAACAGUAUUGUCCCUGGUUUAAUGGUUACUACUUCAUCAAACACUUCUGCUAAGAGUGUUCUUAUCCCGAAUCAUGAUCAUGAAGGUGCUUUAACAAGCAGUGUUGGAUUCAACUCUAAUCAACUUUGCCAAACCCCUCCUAUGACAUGGUCUAAUGAAAUGGCAUAUGAAUUGCCUUGGCCUUUGCAAAUGAACCAAGUUGCUGAUAAUAGCUUGCUUGCAUCUUCAAGUGCAGCCACUUUUACAUGGCCACCUUAUGGGAUAACCGAGUCAUCUACUGAUAUGAUAUAUGCAGAUCAUGAGGGGCCAUCAAAUAGCAACAGGAAUGGCCAAAUGAAUAUGGGGAACAUGCAAUUACCUCUAGUUGGUGGAGAAACUGAAGGCUUUUGGACAUUGGAACAGCAACAAUUUUUGCAAUGUGAGAACAACGGUUGGUUUAGUUCUAGUGUUUCUUGGGAUCCUCUCCUCUAUGUUCCCUCUGAGCUAGCUUGAUU